AAAAAAUAGCAUAAGGAAUAUUAUGCUAGGGCUUAUACCAGCCAUUAGUUCUGAUUACUGGGGAGCUUUUGAGGCGCAAAAUGGCAGUGAUGAUUGGAAUCGCUUUCAGAGUUUCUUGGCUUUGUAGCCUGCUAAUUGGCGGGAUAACCUGUUCUACAUCAAGUGAUGGGUAUCUUGCACCAGUUUCUGAUCCGGCAAGGCUCUAUACAGGCCCACUUAGGUCAAAAGGAUAUGGUAAUUACAACUCUCCUACAGCUCAAUUGCAAGCGCAGCUGACCGAAGAGCAACAGAAACAUCUGGAAGCCAUCCUGCAAAAUCAACUGGCGCCCAUGCCCCAGGCACCUCAGAAAAUGUGGUAUCCAACUCAAAUGCCCCAGCAGGAAAAGCAACCGGCCGCCAUGACCCAACAGCAGACGCUACCGGCCAGUUAUCCUAAGCAGCCUCAAGCAGUGUGGUAUCAAGUUCAAAUUCCUCAGCAGCAAAAGCAACCAGCUACUGUUCCUCAGCAGCAGACGGAACUGACCACCCUGCCCCAGAAGCAACCGGCUGCAAUGCCCAUACCGCAUAAACAACCAACAGCUAUGCCCCAGAAAGCAUGGAGUCAAGCUCAAAUGCAGCAAAAGCAACCGGCCACCAUGCACCAGCAAGUGUGGCAUCCAGCUAAGCCCCAGAAGCAAAAGCAACUGGCUACUGAACCUCAGCAGCAGAAGGAACCGGCCUCCAUAACCCAGCAACCUCAGCAAGUGUUGCAUCCAGCUAAGCCCCAGAAGCAACUGGCCGCUGAUCCUCAGGAGCAGAUUGAACUGACCGCCAUGCCCCAGCAACCUCAGCAAGUGUGGUAUCCAGCUCAAAUGCUGCUGAAGCAACUGACUGCCAUGCCCCAGCAAGUGUGGUAUCCAGCUAAGCCCCAGAAGCAACUGGCCGCUGAUCCUCAGGAGCAGAUUGAACUGACCGCCAUGCCCCAGCAACCUCAGCAAGUGUGGUAUCCAGCUCAAAUGCCCCAGAAGCAACCAGUCCCUAUGCGUCAACUGCAGAAGGAACUGACCGCCAUUCCACCACAACUGUGGCAAUCCGCUCGAAUUCCCCAGCAGCAUAAGCAACCGGCUGCCAAGCUUCAGCAGGUGUGGCAACUGGCCCCCAUUCCCCAGCAGCCUCAUGACGUGUGGUAUCCAGCUAAAAUGGUCCAGAAGCAACAAGCAGCUGCAACUCGGCGGCAGAAGGAACUGACCACCAUGCCCCCGCAAGUAUGGCAUACUGCUCAAAUGCCUCAGCAGCAAAAGCAACCAGCUACUGAACCUCCGCAGCAAAUUGAACCGACCGCCAUGCCCCAGCCACCUCAGCAAUUGUGGCAUCCAGAUCAAUUUCUCCAGGAGCAGAAGAAACCAGCCCCUAUGCAUCUACCGCAGAAGGAGCUGACCGCCAUCCCACCACAACUGUGGCAAUCCGCUCAAAUGCACCAGCAGCGUAAGCAACCGGCUGCCAUGCUUCAGCAAGUGUGGCAUCGGGCACAGAAACAACCGGCCCCUAUGCCCCAGCAGCCUCACGACGUGUGGUAUCCAGCUAAAAUGGUCCAGAAGCAACAAGCAGCUGCAACUCGGCAGCAGAAGGAACUGACCACCAUGCCUCAAGAGUGGCAUCCAGCUCAAUUUCCCCAGCAGCAGAAGCAACCAGCCCUAAUGCUUUUACCGCAGAAGGAACUGACCGCCAUACACCAGCAACCUCAGCAAGUGUGGUAUCCAGCUAAAAUUCCCCAAAACCAACCAACCACUGAACCCCAGCAGCAGAAGCAACCGACCGCCUUGGCCCAGCAAGCAUGGUAUCCAGCUCAAAAGCCCCAGCUGCAGAAGCAACCGGCCGCUGAACCUCAGCAGCAAAUUGAACCGACCGCCAUGCCCCAGCUACCUCAGCAAGUGUGGCAUCCAAUGCACAUUCCCCAGCAGCAACAGGAACUGGCCACCAUACCCCAGCAAGUGAGGUAUCCAGCUCAAAUGCCCCAGAAGCAUCUGGCCUCCAUGCCUCUACCACAGAAGCAACCGACCGCCAUGCCCCAGCAAGAGUGGAAUCCAGCUCAAAUGCCCCAGCAGCAGAAACAACUGGCCACCAUGCUGCAGAAGCAACCAGCCCCAAUGCUUCAACCGCAGAAGCAACAGGCCACCAUGCCCCCGCAAGUAUGGCAUCCAGCUCAAAUGCCUCGGCAGCAAAAGCAACCAGCUACUGAACCUCAGCAGCAAAUUGAACCGACCGCCAUUUCCCAGCCACCUCAGCAAUUGUGGCAUCCAGAUCAAUUUCUCCAGGAGCAGAAGCAACCAUUCACUAUGCAUCUACCGCAGAAGGAACUUACCACCAAUCCACCAGAACUGUGGCAAUCCGCUCAAAUGCCCCAGCAGCAUACGCAACCGGCUGCCAUGCUUCAGCAAGUGUGGCAUCGGGCACAGAAGCAACCGGCCCCUAUGCCCCAGCAGCCUCAUGAUGUGUGGUAUCCAGCUAAAAUGGUCCAGAAGCAAGUCGCUGCGGUGACCGCCAUGCCGCAUACGCAUCAGCAAGUAUGGCAUCCAGCUGAAUUUCCCCAGAAGCAACCGGCCUCCACGCCUCUACCGCAGGAGCAACCGACCGCCGUACCCCAGCAAGUGUGGUAUCCAGCUCAAAUGUCACGGCAGCAACUGGCCUCCAUGCCUCUACCGCAGAAGCAAAUGACCGACGUGCCUCAGCAAGAGUGGCAACCAGCUCAAAUACCGCAGAAGCAACCGGCUGCUGAACCGCAGCAGAACGAACCGGCCACCAUACCCCAGCAAGUGGGGUAUCCAGCUCAAAUGUCCCAGCAGCGGAAGCAACACACUGCCAUGCCACAGCACCAACUGACCCCCAUGCCUCAGCAAUUAUGGCAUGUAGCACAAAUGCCCCAGAAGCAACUGGCCCCAAUGUCUCAGCAGAAUCACUACGAAAGCACUGAAGAUGGUGCCUCUAGUAGCACUCAGGCCAGCAUCGUUGAACAGUCGGGUGUCAUCCCAAUCUAUUCCUACAGUUCAAAAUCGCACUACGAGAAUGGCAGGACUGUAUUCUCCCUAACCCGCUACACUCCUAGGGAGGCUAUGCCUGUUGACAGUGGAAAUGCUCCCAAGGACAGUUUUGUUCGUACUGGUGCACCAAGCGUAUAUCCAUCACUAGUGAAGGAUUCUGCAAGGAAAAUGUAAUGGAUUCAUCCUCUAGAAGCUAAUGGAAGUGUCUGGUGCUCUUGCUACUCUAGCAUGAGGGAGUACAUGAACAGUUCUAAUUUCAAAAAUGCCUGGUGUCUUUGAAAUAAUGGUUCUCGUGUCCAUUGCUUGCUAAUUGAGAACAGGUGGUGUGCAGUCUGUAGUAAAAAUGACUGUUCAGUUAAUUCUUUGGUUUUCUAAUCUUUUACCUUUGCUACUUGUUGUUCAAAAUAAAAGCUUGGGUCUACA